AUGACUGACUAUGAAAAGUGUAGUAGGACAUGCAGAGUUACUUCAGCUGCCACAUGCUACAUUAUGGUGCUCACAAAGAUGAUGAAGAAUAUCUGGAACUUUGGGGCACAUAUGUGGUGUAAUGUCAAGGACAUCCAUGUAUUUGGAUGUGUAAUCUAUGGUGGCAAUGACAAAGCUGCCUGCCAGGCUCAGGGCAUCUUUGCCAGCUCUCCAAUAUGUAUGGAGCAAGCAAGCAAGAGGCAGCCAAGUGUCAUAAGGCUGCUAGAUUACCUGGCCACAAUUGUGAAGCAUGAUCAUAAUUGCCAAGUUCUGCCUCAAGUCUUCUUGCACAAACUAUAUGAAGUGGGUAUCACAAGUGCACAGAGGAAUGUCCCAUGGAAGUCUUUACUGAACCUUCCCUACAUGCACCAGCACACCAUUGUUAAUUGGCCUGCUGCUGUCCCCACUGUCAGCCCAGAUUUCAACAUCAAGGGCCUCAGUGCUGAUGAGCUCCAUGCUUUAGCUGUCCCUUUUCUGAAGGAACAAAUGGGUGCUGAGUUCCAUUCUGAGGUCCAUGCAGAUGAUGAUGGUGAUGAUUCCUUGGUGCUAGUACCCACUGCAUCAUGUGAUCUCAGGGAGUGGACACCCAAGCAGAAGGAGCUAGUUAAGAUGGUUAGCCCAGAGAUGUUUGAAAUCCCACUGCUAGUAAAUACAUUCAACUGA